AUGGCACGCUCAACCACUACUACCACUGGGGGCAAGACCUCGAAGUCAAAGAAUGCUCCCGCCGACAAGAAGAGCAAAGACAAGGUCGCGAAGCGGCCUGCACGCGGAUACCACAAGUUCAGAAAUGGCCUGCUUAACGUCACACCCAAGGGCGGGGAGAAAGAACUUGUCAAGGCAAAUCAGCAAUCGCCACUUCUGCGUCUGCCGGCUGAGAUCCGCACCAUGAUAUGGAAUUUCGCGCUCGGUGGAAUGGUCUAUAGGCCACGCGAGAUAUCUGCCAGAUCUUUUUGUCUCAGGUCUUCGAUCAAUGUUUCCAAAGGAAUCUCUCUUCUGCGAGUAUGCCGUCAAAUCUACGCGGAGGCUGCUGAAAUCCCGCUGCGAGAGAGCAUAUUCUCCUUUGAGAGACUUGAAGACGACAUAAAGAAGACUCUCAAUAACCUCAAGAGGCACCAGCGUAAGCUCAUUACUAAGUUACAAAUCGAAAUCUCUGAGGACGAUGCUUUGACCAGCUGGGGUGCAUUUAGAGCACUGGUGUAUUUGGCAGGCCGAGAAGGUCAAUCUUAUCUUCCCGGGCUGAAAGAGGUGACUCUGCGCAUCUUCUCUGUAUCCAUUGAUCAGGUUACCAGGCAGGAAGCUGAGGAUGAAGUACGCAAUGACGUGAAGGAUCUGUCAGGCAAGACAUGGUUUGAUGUAAGAGUUGAAAGGACGGGAGUGAGCUUGAUAGCCUAUGAUAAUGCGUAA